AUGGCAGUACCCCCCAAGGUGGUGAGCUCCUUCUUCGGGGGCCCAGACACCCCACUCCUCAGUGCCCCACUGCUGCACGGGGUGCCAACAGACUCUGUGGAGAAGGUGGAGGCCGUUGGGGUUCCGGGGCAGGCGGGGCCCUCCCGGCCAGCAGGACUCUCAGCGCGGCUGGCGCUGGGUGGUGGUGGGGGCUCGGAAGAGGAGCCCACCAGGGGACGAAGAGUCACCACUGAGCUUGAGGAAGAGGAGGUGGAUUCUAGCUGCCAGCCCCAAGGCCCCACAUCUGCGGGUCAGCUCCCUGCCCAGGCUGCCCCCCAGCCUGAGCCGCAGCCCGAGCGCAAGCCGGAGCUGCAGCAGGCCAGAGCCACCCGAGACCCCAGCCCGGAGAUUGGAGGGCAGGGUCCUUGCCCCCAGCGGCGGGUGCCCUGCGGGGUGGGGGGUGAAGGAGGGGCGCUCAGGGGACUCUCGGAGAACGAGCCCGCUGGGGUCCCUCUGUGGGGUGACAGCGGGGACAAGCGACGGCCGGCAUACCGGUCGGAGGCCCCGCCAUCCUGCUGCCCCCAGCAGCAGCCCCUCUCUGGCAGCGCCCCCAACCCACAGAUGCCCCUGAGGUGGCUGUCCCCCACCUCCCACACUGCCCAGUUCCGAAGGGGUGAUCCAGUUCCCGCCAGUGCCUUGGGGCUGGGCCUUCUGCUCUCCCGCAUCACCAGAACAAAACUGGGUUCGCUCUCGUUUGGGGGCUGGGGAAGGCCCGGACGGCGCUCUUCGGAGCGCCGGGGCGAGCAGGGGGUGGCCGCCGGGGGUGCUCCCGGGCCCCCAAACCGAGCCGGGGACGAGCCUGCCCGCGGCGGCGGCGCGGCCGCGGCUUCGCCUAGGCUCGCAGCGCGGGAGCGCGUGGGGCGCGGCGGCGGCGGGGAGCCCGCGGGCCUCCUCGCAGGCGGCCGAGCAGGGAGCCCGGAGCCCCGGGAGCGUCGGGGGAGCAGCGCCCCAUCGCUCCCCCGCGGCUCUCGGGUUUCUCCCUUCCACCCCGACGCCCGCCCGGCCGGGCUUCUGCACGGAAGCGCUCUCAUGGCCCAGGAGGCAAAAGCGGGAGAAGCCAUGUGCCAGCCGGGGUGGAGGGCGCCCCUGGGAGUCCCGCGCACCAGCCCCGGAGCUGCUGCUACUGCCGCCGCCGCCGCCGCCGCCGCCGCCGCGCAACCCGCGCUCGCGUCCCCCGGGGAGGGCGCCACUGCUCCGCGCGAGUCCCGGGGGCGGCGGAUCCCCAGCGAGCGCUCGCUCUCUGCCUCGGCUCCUAGCGCGCCCGCGGACGCAGCCUCCGGCCUCCAGCCUCGCGGUGAGCUCCCCGCCGCCUCGCGUCCCGGCCCGGCUCCCAAACCCACCCGCCGCCGUCCCGAGCGGCUGCCGGGGACACCGGCGCGGGGCGCGGGAGCCUGCGGCGGGCUAGCCCCUCGGCGGCCGCGCUCGCUAGGCCGGGCGCCCUGA